GACAUUGAGGAGAACUUCAAGAUGGCCACUUCAGAGGCCAAAGCCAGCUUCGGCAAUGGCAUGCUCUUCAUCGAGAAGCUGAUCGAGAAACCGCGCCACAUUGAGGUCCAGGUCAUGGGUAAGCAUGUUCACCUCCCCUCCCUUCCCGCCACCUUUUGCUCCUCGGUCAAUUAUGCCCCCACCUCCCCCCCCCCUGCCCGGCGUUCCCUUCAGACUCGAGACCAUAGUCAUUACUGCGCCAACUUUAAAUCAAUCGCUGACCCGAGUGCUCCGUUUUGCAGUUCUGGUGGAUGGGUUGUAGUCCUGUCGCCAAGUCGUACACACCCUCUGCGUCCUUGUGCGAGUGAGUAG